GGGUGGCCCGGCGCCGGCCCCGACCCCUCUGCUGCCGCCCUCCGCCACGGCCGCCGCCAAAAUGGAGCCUGAGAACAAGUAUCUGCCCGAGCUCAUGGCCGAGAAGGAUUCGCUCGACCCGUCCUUCACCCACGCCAUGCAGCUGCUGGCCGCAGAAAUCGAGAAGAUUCAGAAGGGUGAAUCAAAGAAAGAUGAUGAGGAGAACUACCUGGAUUUAUUUUCUCACAGGAACAUGAAAUUGAAGGAACGAGUCCUUAUACCAGUAAAACAGUAUCCCAAGUUUAAUUUUGUGGGGAAGAUCCUAGGACCUCAAGGGAACACGAUCAAAAGACUGCAAGAGGAAACUGGGGCCAAAAUAUCAGUAUUGGGAAAAGGUUCCAUGAGAGACAAAGCGAAGGAGGAAGAACUUCGCAAAGGAGGAGACCCUAAGUAUGCCCACUUAAAUAUGGACCUGCAUGUGUUCAUUGAAGUUUUUGGGCCCCCUUGUGAGGCUUAUGCCCUCAUGGCUCAUGCUAUGGAGGAGGUCAAGAAGUUCCUUGUGCCGGAUAUGAUGGAUGAUAUCUGCCAGGAACAGUUUCUUGAAUUAUCUUAUCUGAAUGGCGUACCUGAGCCUAAUCGUGGGCGUGGGGUACCAGUAAGAGGACGGGGAGCAGCUCCCCCACCUCCACCUGUUCCCAGGUGCCACAUUUUAAGAGGGACAUUGAAAAGCUGGAGUGUGUCCAGAGGAGGGCGACCAGGAUGGGGCCGUGGUGUUGGGCCUCCCCGGGGAGCCCUGGUCCGUGGUGCUCCGGUGAGAGGGGCCAUCACUAGAGGUGCCAGUGUGGCCCGUGGGGUGCCUCCCCCUCCAGCAGUAAGGGGAGCCUCUGCUCCAAGAGCUCGAGCCACAGGCAUCCAGAGAAUACCUCUUCCUCCACCCCCAGCACCAGAGACUUACGAAGAAUAUGGAUAUGAUGAUACCUAUGCUGAGCAGAGUUAUGAAGGAUAUGAAGGCUAUUACAGCCAGGGCCAAGGGGACUCGGAGUAUUAUGACUAUGGACAUGGAGAGGCACAAGAUUCUUAUGAAGCUUAUGGUCAAGACGACUGGAAUGGGACAAGGCCCUCCCUGAAGGCCCCUCCAGCUAGGCCAGUGAAGGGGUCAUACAGAGAGCACCCAUAUGGACGUUAUUAAAACAAACAUGAGGGAAAAUUAUCAGUUAUGAGCAAAGUUGUUACUGAUUUCUUGUAUCUCCCAGGAUUCCUGUUGCUUUACCCACAACAGACAAGUACUUGAAAACUAUUGUGGAAUUUCCUGAAGUAGAAUAAAUAGCCAGUUGGAUACCCAAAUGUGGUCUGGAAACCUGAGGUCUUUUGUCCAGACUUAACACAGGUAGUGAACAGAGUCUGGAACCCGGCGCCCUUUCCACUGAGCCACACAGCCUCCUGUUUCAAGUUAGAUUGUGUUUUAUCGGCUUGCAUAUUAGAUAUUGAAUCUCCUCUCGCCCGAGCAGGAGAAGCAAAGUCCCUUCUUGGGGAGUAGGAGAACGCCAGGUGCUGCUGCACGGCCAGAUCUAGAACAGCCCGCCCUCCCACUCGCCAGGCCCAGCCGAGCACAACCGAGGAGAGGGGAGCCGCCUUUGGCCGGUGGCGCCUGAAAUGCCCGAGCCUGGAACCCCUCCUAGCCUGCAUCCCCUCCUAGACGUCGGUCAGAUCGCCCCUGGAGUCGUUAGGGCUUGGGCCAGAAUCAGUGUUGAGGACCCAUUGCAUGGGAGCAUUUUUCCCCAGAAAGCUGCCAGGAGGAGAGAAUGAGCCGUCCCAGUGGGGGUCCCAGUGUAAUCAGCACUGCCUCUGAGGCUUCCGAAUGUCGAAUAAACCAUGCUGGUCCUGCCACA